UAAGGAGAGGAGGCGGGCGCGCUCCCUUUUCUUUCCCGGAGCUCUCGUGGGAGGUAACAGCUUGUCUUUAAACCCUUUGUGGCAAUCCUUGGAAGCACCGUCGAGAUGCCCAGGGAAGACAGGGCUACGUGGAAGUCCAACUAUUUCCUGAAAAUCAUCCAACUCCUGGAUGAUUAUCCAAAAUGCUUCAUCGUGGGAGCAGACAAUGUAGGAUCCAAACAGAUGCAGCAGAUCCGCAUGUCCCUGCGUGGGAAGGCUGUUGUGCUGAUGGGGAAGAACACCAUGAUGCGCAAGGCUAUCCGUGGUCAUCUGGAGAAUAACCCUGCUUUGGAAAAGCUGUUGCCUCAUAUCCGUGGGAAUGUGGGCUUUGUGUUCACCAAGGAGGAUCUGACUGAGAUCAGGGACAUGCUGUUGGCUAACAAGGUGCCAGCUGCUGCUCGAGCUGGUGCCAUUGCCCCUUGUGAUGUCACCGUGCCAGCCCAGAACACUGGUUUGGGUCCCGAGAAGACCUCCUUCUUCCAGGCUUUGGGCAUCACCACGAAGAUCUCCAGGGGUACCAUUGAAAUCCUGAGUGAUGUGCAGCUGAUCAAGACUGGAGAUAAAGUGGGAGCCAGCGAAGCGACCUUGCUGAACAUGUUGAAUAUUUCCCCAUUCUCCUUUGGGCUGAUUAUCCAGCAGGUGUUUGACAACGGCAGCAUUUACAAUCCUGAAGUGCUGGACAUCACUGAGGAGACUCUGCACAGACGCUUCCUGGAAGGCGUUCGUAACGUAGCUAGUGUUUGUCUGCAAAUUGGCUACCCAACCAUCGCUUCUGUGCCUCACUCCAUCAUCAAUGGGUACAAGCGAGUCCUAGCUGUGGCUGUGGAGACUGAAUACACCUUCCCACUGGCUGAAAAGGUAAAGGCCUUCCUAGCUGACCCCUCAGCCUUUGUGGCUGCUGCCCCUGUGGCAGCUGAAGCUGCAGCUCCUGCUGCUGCUCCAGCCAAAGAGGAAGUAAAGGAGGAAUCCGAGGAGUCUGACGAGGACAUGGGAUUCGGUCUCUUUGACUAACUCCUGCCACGCGCUAACCAACCACUUCAUCAACUGGUUUAAUUAGAGAAAUAAAGUGCUAUUUUACACCC